GCUCCACUCUGCUGCUGCGCAUCUCUGUGUGGAGCUGUGCGUCAGGAGGAGAACUCUACAGGAGCAGCAGGAGGACACACUGGUUCAUGUGAGGAGCUGCUAUCAAAUGAACAAAACGCGCAGUGUUUCUGCCUGAAGAAGAGCCAUCAGAGAACGACGACAGGCAUCAAUCACUGUAACAAGAAGCUGCUUGAAGCUGCAGUUGUUGUUGGAAGCGACUUGUUUUUGGAGUUUGGUGUGAUUUCUGGACACUUUCCACGCUGCAAGACGCAGAAACAAAAAAUGCAUGCUGUUGUUUAUAAAACUGACAACUGCUGAUUUUACAGCAUGGUUAUUUUAGUGCUUUAAAGACCCCCUUCUUGUACUUUGGACCUGGUGUGUAGACUCACAUUGCAGGAGGUGCUGAUGCUGCAGAAGAAGAAGAAGUGAGGAAGGAUUUAGUGAAUUUUGUGGAUUGCCUCGUUUCAUUGGACAAACAUGAUUUCAAUUAAAUAACUUGCAGGAUCGCCCUCCUCUCCAAGACUGAAGCCAGACAACCUACACCUUUCCUCUGUGUCAACCAUCACCUUUGUGCAAGGACUAUGUUGAUGAAGGAGUACCGCAUCUGCAUGCCUCUCACAGUGGAGGAGUACCGGAUCGGCCAGCUGUAUAUGAUCAGUAAACACAGUCAUGAGCAGAGUGAACGCGGGGAGGGGGUGGAGGUGGUCCAGAACGAGCCGUAUGACGACCCCGAGCACGGAUCGGGCCAGUUCACCGAGAAACGAAUCUACCUCAACAACAAGCUGCCCAGCUGGGCCAGAGCAGUGGUCCCGAAAAUAUUCUACGUCACAGAGAAGGCUUGGAACUAUUACCCGUACACCAUCACAGAGUACACGUGCUCCUUCCUGCCCAAGUUUUCCAUCCACAUAGAGACCAAAUACGAGGACAACAAAGGGAGCAACGAUAAUAUCUUCGGCGGCGAGCCCAGAGAAGAGGAAACCGAGGUGUGCUCCAUGGACAUCGUCUAUGAUGAGAUCCCCGAGCGCCACUACAAGGAGUCAGAGGACCUGCGGUAUUUUGCGUCGAAGAAGACUGACCGAGGCCUCCUGCAGGAAGGAUGGAUCAACAGCCAAGAGCCCAUCAUGUGCUCCUACAAACUGGUCACAGUGAAGUUUGAAGUGUGGGGCCUGCAGACACGUGUGGAGCAGUUCGUUCACAAGGUGAUUCGAGAUGUCCUGCUUUUAGGACACAGGCAGGCCUUUGCCUGGGUGGAUGAGUGGAUUGACAUGACCAUGGAGGAGGUCAGAGAGUACGAGCGUGCCACACAGGAAGCCACCAACCUGAAGAUCGGCACCUUCCCCCCCGCCAUCUCCAUCUCAGAGACCCCGCUGCCAUCCAGCACCCGCAGCGGCCCCAACAGCGCCCCGACCACGCCCCUCUCCACAGAGGCCCCCGAGUUCCUGUCCGUGCCCAAGGAGCGCCCCAGGAAGAAGUCCGCCCCGGAGACCUUGACCCUGCCGGAUCCGGGCCGCAGGGAUUCGCUCUUCAAGCUGCCCAGCUUUUUCUCCUGGAACUCCAGUCCGCAGCCAGAAUGAGAGCGGAGGCCGCCGCCCGUCAACCCGUGGAUCAGUAGAGGAUGCCUGCCCAGCACAUCCCACAAUGCCCCCUCAGCCAGUGGAAGUGAAGGAGACGGAUCCCAGCCCCCUUCUGCAGACUCUCGCCGGUGUUAACAGUUAAAGCCACCAGGUCCAGACAGGCAGCCUGGUCUCCACAACGUCCUGCGAGGUGUAAAGGUAUCGUAGUGUGUCCCAUUGAAGAGUCUAACAAAAGCAGCUGGAGGCUCCUCAUACUCCUUUCCGACAGACAGCAUUAGUCAGACUGAGUGUAGCGUACAUUCCUGAAAAUGUUUUAGAUAUGUUGAGAUUCAGUCACUGCACAUUAUCUUCACAUGUACAGAAUUAGUUUGUUUCUUCUGCUUUAAGCAUCGGAGUCUCUGGCGUCGUUAACUGGAGCUUGUGGUGGUUUGACGUAUCUGUUUAUGUGGUCGGGACUUUUACGACAGAUUCCUGUCGGCCACUGUAUCAGUUGAGUAUUUCACAGUCAGGUGUACGGUGAUUCUUGUAUAUAAUGUAUGAACAUUAUUUAACCGGUAAAAUGUCAAAAGAAUAUCUAUCAUAUCCAGUGAUGAUGCUGCUAUGAAAUGUGUAUUUUAAAGAGUCUUCUUUACGUGUUUAUUAUAGCGAGUUCUGUCUGUGUUAUGUGAUUGCAUGAUUUUAACUGCAGAAGCUGCUUUUUAAAUAUUAAAUGUUCUCUUUGUUAUCUCAGUCUCACACUUGAUGUUGUGUUUUUACAUGCUCAUGUGGUUUGCAUGUUUCAACUGUAUUUCUUUUGUCAUACUGUUGAUGGGUUUUGUAUUCAGCAAAUUAAAUUAAAUCCUGUUAUAUCCAUAA